CAUGAAGGAAGUUGCAGUAAAAUCAAUCCAAAACUCUUGGCAAACAUAAGUCACAAUAAUUCUGAAAUUGAUAUUGACUUAUUCCCGAAUCAUCUGUUUAACAUGAAUGGGUGCUACUUAAAAGCAGGAACUUACGAUGUUGCCCCAUUCACAAUAGUUGGUAAUAGAAGUUUCGAUGGUUUGGAAGUAGUAAUGGUAGAAACUAUCGCAAAACAUCACAAUUUCACUGCACAGUAUGUUCUUAAUGAAGAUGGAACUAGUUGGGGUGUUAUUAGGGAAAAGAAUAGCACUGGUUUGAUGGGAUUAAUUCAAAACAAGCAGGUAGACUUUGGCUUUGGUACACUAGGAGUAACAGCAGAACGUAGCUUUUAUCUCAAACAGGGAAUACCACAUUUCAUUAGUGAGUUUAUUAUAGCUGUUCCAACCGGGAGACUGUAUACGUCAUUCGAGAAGUUGUAUAAACCUUUUGAUACUAUGGCAUGGAUGUUUAUUAGUAUUGCACUUGUUGGCUCAAUAGUUGUAUCAAAGGUUAUGUUUGGGAAACAAGAUGUAAGAUGUCUGAGAAUUUUAAAAAUUGAAGCAUUCGAAACUCCAGUUUUGAUUACUUGGCUAGCAUUCCUAGGAAAUCCUUUAGCAAAAUGCCCCAAAAAAGAUAAAACCAAAGCAAUUGUAAUGAGUUGGAUGGUUAUGGGGCUGAUGGUUAGAACUCUAUAUCAAGGGGCUAUGUUUAAAUACUUUCACAAAGGACAACACACCAAGCCUGUUCAAACUAUAGAAGAUAUUCAAUCUGAAAAGUUAUACUACUACUUAUAUGAACCUGCAAAACGAUUCUUUGCAUCGUCCCCGGAUAUUUUAAAAAUGCUCAAGUUCAUCAACCCUGAAGAAACCAAUCCCAAACUUUCACAGUUAUUAAAUGGAGAUCUAGAUGGUGUGAUUCUCCUGCCAUCGUCCACGUUGAACUAUUUCAAUCAACAGAACAUAAAAAAAGGAUUUGUGAAAACUGGAACGGAUGUUAUUGCGACUUAUGCUGUUGGAAUUUACUACCCCAAGGACUCUCCGUUAAAUCCAAUGUUUGACGAAGACAUCUUAAAUUUGCAAGCUGCAGGCCUAAUGAAGUACUGGAAAAGUGUUUUUGAAAUUACGAGCUUCAAAGAGUUUCAUAGCGUAGAACCACUUCCUCUGGAUAUGGACACGAUCUCGGCCAUCUUUAUAAUUUGGUUGAUAUUCACUUCUUUAAGCGUAACAAGCUUUUGCUUAGAAUUAUUGUGGAAGUGGUAGAAAAAUAAAACAAAUCAUUGUAUCAACGCGUUUCACAUUUAGAAAUAAAGACUUACAA